GGGUAGAGUGGUUAAUGUGGGCAAAGGUUUUGGGUUAAGUCCACGUCAUUUGCCUAUUGGAAAAAGGAGAGAGAAACAAUAAAAUAGUGUACAAAUAUGAUUUCCCAAUCCAUUAAUCUCCACACCAACACGUUAAACUAUAGCAACUUGACGCAGCAAAACCUGCAUGAUUAAAGCCUUCCAUCACUCUUCCACGACGUCUCCAGCCCAAACCCUCACAAUUGAAGAAACUUCCCCAAAAAACAAAGCUUAUCUUCAUCAAAACUCAACAACCACAGAAUGUCAAUGCAACUACAAAUAUAACCAAUCAAUCACACAAAUUCACUCAAGCACAGCACCAAAACAAGCCUAACAAUGGUGCAUUGGAAUAAAGACUACUUAGAUCUCAUAUUAGUUCCAUUAGGUUUGCUCCUCAUGUUCGGAUACCACCUCGUCCUCCUCUACCGCUACCUCCGCUGCCCUCAGACCACCGUCAUUGGUUACGAGAACCAUAACAAGAGAGCUUGGGUUAGAAAAAUGUUUCAGAUCAAAAUUGAGGACAGGGGGUUUGCAAUAUCAGUGCUGAGCAGCAACGCGAGCACAGCGACAUCCCUGGCCUCGAUUUCCUUGGUCCUGACCUCCCUGAUCGGGGCGUGGGUCGGGAGCUCGUCGGUGAAUCUCUUCACCAGUAGGUAUAUCUACGGCAGCAGGAGUCCGGCGUUGGUCUACAUCAAGUACCUGUCGCUGCUUUUCUGCUUCCUGGUGGCGUUCGGCUGCUUUGUGCAGACAGCGAGGUAUUUGGUCCACGCAAACUUCCUCAUCAGCAUGCCGGACAACGACAUUCCGGUUGGCUGCGUUGAGAAGGAGGUGAUCAUGGGGAGCAACUUCUGGGUCAUGGGUCUCAGGUCGGUCUACUUCGCCGUCAAUCUGCUGAUGUGGGUGUUCGGUCCGAUACCGAUGCUCGCCUGCUCGGUGGCGAUGGUCGUGGUGCUGGUCACGCUUGACAUCAACACUACUCCUUUGCAUCAAUACAACAAGUGAUGCCAGUUGCCGGAGGUUGAGCUGAACCGCUGUUUUGGGCAGACUGUGAAAAGGGGAGAAGCCUAUUGGUUUAAUUAAUCUAAUGUAAAAGGUUUUACCAGAUUAAUUUAUUUAAUUGGUUGAAUUA